AUGACAACUCUUAUCGCGAAUUCAUUUCAAUACUAUUGGCGGGACGUGUGGCUCGAGUCGGGUGACCAACGGGUGGUCCAACGGCUACCGGGGUUCGGGUCGGGCCUACAAACCCCUAUACUAGCUGUGCUCAUAUACCUCGUACUAGUGCUCAAAGUGAUACCCGACCGCAUGCGACACCGCGAGCCCCUGGAGCUCCGAUACCCAAUCAUGUGCUACAAUAUACUACUGGUGCUCAUCAAUGGCUUCUACUUUUUUCACGAACUCCUAGCCCUGGACUUUGGCCGCAAACUCAUCGCCGACUUCAAGAUACCGCCCGACACGGAAUGGUCGCCCGGUGUGCACUGGGAGCUCAAACUGGUGUACGCCUACUACAUGACCAAGAUCAUGGACUUUAUGGAUACCGUAUUUUUCGCGCUACGCAAACGGCACCGGCAGAUCACCUUUUUGCACCUGUAUCAUCACAGUGUGGUGGCCGUGUUAGCAUGGUUGGCCAUUUGGUACAGGUUCAACAUGCAACCACUUAGACUUUUUAUCAUGCUCAAUUCGUUUGUACAUACGGUUAUGUAUGGCUAUUAUGCACUGUCAGCUAUGGGUAAGGGCGUGCAAAAGUAUUUGUGGUGGAAACGCUAUAUUACCCAGUUGCAACUGGUACAGUUUGUGGUGUUUAUUGCGUAUGGUGUAAUGGUGGAGCUACAGGGGGUGCCGUUCCCACCGGAGAGCUAUAGCUUUAAAUCGGCCGAGAGUGACACGUGCGGAAUGAGAAAUAAAAACGACGUGGUUAAGAAAAAGUCCAAGAUCAUCGGGGCCAAGGGGUUCGGUAGGAUAGUGGGCGGCGAGGAUGCCAAGCCUCACGAGUUUCCCUGGUUAGUCAGCUUUCAGAUCUACCUGCCCAAAAGGGAUCGCAUCGAGCACUUUUGUGGUGGGUCAAUUAUUAGUGAUAGGUGGAUUAUAACGGCCGCGCAUUGCUUCGAUAAAUUCCGAAAACCAGAGGACUGGAAGAAAAUGGUGGUAAAAAUGGGCACAAACCAGAUCAACGACACCCGCGCCUUUAACCACACCAUCAGCAAGGUGGUUAUACACGAUAAGUGGAACGUGUCCACCCAGUCCAACGACAUCGCCCUGGCCAUGCUCAAGCAACAGAUAAUAUUCAAAACUGACGCGAACCAGUAUAUGAUUAACACGGUGUGCCUGGCCGAAAAGGGUCACGAGCCUACCGGGUAUUUCACGGUGGCCGGGUUUGGCCAGUUGGGUGAGCACGAGUCCAAGGCGGAGAACCUACAGAAACUGGUGGUCCCGCUGUAUGACCACAAGAAAUGCACCGAAAACUAUAAAAAGUACGUGAAAUUGAGCGAUACCAAUUUUUGCGCCGGUGGCCAAGGUGAUCAUGAUACGUGCAUGGUCUGGUGUCAUUUGGACUGCCCUGCGCUCAAGUAA